AUGGGUAAUUAUUAUGUGAACCAAGAGAAGAUUGAAAUUAUAGAACUAUUUAACUUCAAAGAUGUCUUGAACCUAAAAUGUCAAUAUCUAGUCCAUAUUAUUCAAAACUAAAACAAAUUGAAUCUACAUAAAAUUAUAUAUCUCAAUCAGCAAAAGAAAAAUAAAUUCUUAAUCUAAUAGAUAUUAAUUAAUAAAUUGUAUAAGAAAUGCUUAAUCAUGUAAUUAAGAACUAAUAUCAUAAUGAAUAAUGACUGUUAAACAUAAUUUCUUAUCUUUUAAUUGGAUCAAAAGUCAUUAUGA